GUUAGAAUACAGCUGUUUUAUUAUAAAAAUAUACUUGAAUCGUCAAAAUUUAAUUGUUAUUUAAGUAAUUUGUCGUUUUCCCCUUAACACUAUGAAGUGUUAUUAUGAAGAGCUCGGCGUGGAACGGAUUGCCAGUGAAAGUGAGAUAAAAACAGCCUAUCGUAAAUUGGCUUUAAAAUGGCAUCCAGACAAAAAUCUGAAUUGUUUGGAUGAGGCAAAAGAACGUUUUCAACUAAUACAGCAAGCUUAUGAUGUUUUGUCUGAUUCGCAAGAGCGUGCUUGGUAUGAUAAUCACCGGGAGCAGAUAUUAAGAGGGAAAAAUUCUGAUUACGAAGACAAUUGUUUGGAUGUUUUUCAAUAUUUUUCGGGAUCGUGCUUUAAAGGUUAUGGCGAUGAUGAUAAAGGCUUUUAUUCUGUAUACAGUAACGUGUUUCAGCAAAUAGUUGUCGAAGAUGCUGAAUUUAUGAACGAUGAAAUGGAAGUGGAGAAAGUGCCAUCGUUUGGUAAUUCUCAAAGCAGUUAUGAAGAGAUAGUAGGCCCCUUCUAUGCUUAUUGGAGUGCUUAUUGUACCAAGAAAACUUAUGUCUGGUUAUGCCCGUACGAUGUAAAAGCAAUCAAGGAUCGUCGUAUAUUAAGAGAAAUUGAAAAGGAUAUGAAGAAAGUUGUACAAAAAGCCAAAAAAGAACGUAAUGAAGAGGUUCGUAAUUUGGUGGCUUUUGUGCGCAAGCGCGACAAACGUGUUUUGGCCUAUAAACGCUUGUUGGAGGAGAGAGCUGCUCUUAACCGACAAAAACAAGAACAGAACCGUUUGGAACAGAUUCGAAGACGUCAAGAAGAAUUAGGUGAGGUUCGACUUUGCCGCGACGCCCAAAAGGAUGACGAUUAUGAAGAGCAAUUAAAACAACUAGAGCAGCAAUAUAGUGAUGAAGAAUAUGACGAAGACGAUCUGGGGACUGAUGAUGAUGAACUCGAGCUGUCUAGCUUAAAUGGUGAAAUAGUUAUAGAAGAGGACAAUACAGAGGAUUAUGUAGACGAUUUAUAUUGUGUGGCUUGUAACCGGGCGUUCACAAAUGAAAACGCUUUUGCCAACCAUGAGACAAGUAAGAAACAUAGGGAAAAUUUGGGAAAGUUAAAGGCUGAAAUGCAAAACGAAGAAAACUUGCAUCAAAAUAAUGGGAGAAAGAAGGAGGAAGAAGAGGUAGAGCUAACAGACGAGCAAUUGAAACCGCCAAACAGAUCUCGCAAAGGUAAAAAAGGGGCCAAGAAAUCGAAAACUUCAAUAAUAACACUCGAAGGACAAGAUGACGAGAACAAAUUCGGAGAAGAAGAAUUGGAAAAAGAUGAAAAUGGUACAGAUACUGACGAAAGCUGGGGUAAUGCAAAUAAAAAAGGAGGUAGGAAGAACAAAAACAAACAAAAAGCGUGCAAGGACCAGACCGCCAAGCAAACAGCUAUUCCUCCUUGCGUUAGUCCUGCUGUUACAAAAAACGAAGCAAAAGAAACUAAUCACAGCAACGGUUUAACAAAUAGUGAAAGCCAUGAAAAAACUUUACAUAUCUGCGCGAUAUGUCAAGCGAAUUUUGAAUCGAAAAAUAAGUUAUUUGCUCACUUAAAAUUAACCAAUCAUAGCGUUUACUUACCCAGAGCUAAAGGUUGCAAAGAGGAAAUGGAUAAAGGGAAAAAACCUAAAGGGAAGAGAAGAUAGCAACAAUAUAAUGAUUAUUGUUGUUGUGACUCAUGGUAGCUUCAAUUACAUAUUAUGGAAUACAAACAAGUCGUUCACCCUCC